UCGAGCGAGCCAGCUGUAACCUUAGCUAACAUACAUCCAAAGCACAUGCCAUGAGCCGGUUUUGAGGUUGCAAAACCUGGGGAAAAAAAACACUCACGACUGCGAGAGAAAUCCGAUGAGAGGAACGGCUCAGAGAGAGUGAGCUGCCGUAGAUUGUCCAAAGGGGCAGCGUUUCUCCUAGUUCCGGUUUGUCUGCUUGUGUGCGCUGUGCGAGUUGGGACCCUAAACAAAAGGCUGCCAUCAUCCUAAAGGAGAUAUUCUACUGCGAGAGAGCCCGUCUGCUUGAUGCUAACUAAACAUGAGCUCCUAUUUUGUUAACCCUCUUUUUUCUAAAUACAAAGGCAGCGAGUCACUGGAGCCAACUUACUACGACUGCAGGUUUCCACAAAGCGUUGCCCGCAGCCACACGCUGGUUUACGGACCCGGAGCAGCCGCACCGGGUUUUCAGCACCCUUCCCAUCAUGUGCAGGACUUUUUUCACCACGGGACCACGGGGAUCUCCAACCCUGGAUACCAGCAAAACCCCUGCGCUUUGGCUUGCCACGGAGACGCAACGAAAUUUUAUGGAUAUGAAGCCCUUCCAAGGCAAACGCUUUAUGGUACCCAACAAGACGCAAGCCUAGCGCAAUACCCAGACUGUAAAUCCUCGAGCAGCUCUAACCCCGGAGAAGGACAAGGCCACUUAAAUCAAAACUCCUCUCCCAGUCUUAUGUUUCCUUGGAUGAGACCCCACGCCCCAGGAAGACGGAAUGGGAGGCAAACCUACAGUCGUUACCAAACUCUUGAACUGGAGAAGGAGUUUCUGUUCAACCCUUACCUGACCCGUAAGAGAAGGAUCGAGGUGUCCCACGCCCUGAGCCUCACCGAGCGGCAGGUGAAGAUUUGGUUUCAGAACAGAAGGAUGAAGUGGAAAAAAGAGAACAACAAAGACAAGUUUCCGGGUCAAAGAGGAGAGGCUGAAGCCGAGGCCGAGGAAGAGGGCAACGAGGACGGUGAAGGGGAAGAGGGAGAAGAGAAAGAAGCGGAAGAGAAAGAAGAGACCAAGGAGUGAUUUUAUGGGCCUUUUAUGGUUAUAUGGGUGAAAAAGAAAAAAAAGGAGAGGUCCCAUAAACAGACGAAGAGUCACAAGGAGACAGAGAGCGUCAACUUUAUGACCACACUUCUAUUUUGUCAAGAGGGAUCAGGAAUCCCACCAAUAUUGCUGUCAUAAAUAGACAAAAUUCUCCCUUCUCUAGUUUAUUCUAACAUAAUACGCAUUACCAUUUGGAUUUCUGUAGAAGCUACAGACGCUUGUAGCGUUUGUUUUCGUUUCAUAGAACUCUUGCCGUUGUUAAAAAAAAAAAAAAAAAAAAAAGAGAGGAGGGUAAAUUAAAACGCAUGUUGGAUGGAAAAUGGCGUAGCUAUUUUUUACAAAUUUGCUUUUAAUAAUAACUGUAUCAAAAGCGUAGCCAAAUAAGAUCAAAACAUGACCAACGCCGACCUGUGUUGUAAAUAGAUUAUAGCCUACAUUUAAAAAAAAAAAAAA